CUGGGGCAGCUCCUCCGCUUCCCCCAGCACGCAGGGGCAAAAGCCGCGGUGGCCACCGAGGCCACGCGUGGGGCAACCUCGCAGAGCCCAGCGGCCCUUCCCGCAGCGAGGAUGAAGCGGCUGUGCGAGGAGAGCUCGUCCGACACCGAGUCUGACGGUACUAUCGACGUGGGUCGGGAGGAGGAGUACAGCCACGUCUCCAGGUCUGUGUCUCCCACCACGACGUCUCAGAUCCAGGCUCGGAAGAAGCGGAGAGGGAUAAUUGAGAAGCGUCGCCGCGACCGCAUCAACAGCAGCCUCUCGGAGCUGCGGCGCCUGGUGCCCACCGCCUUCGAGAAGCAGGGAUCUUCCAAGCUGGAGAAGGCAGAAAUCCUACAAAUGACAGUAGAUCACUUAAAAAUGCUUCACGCUACCGGAGGAACAGGCUUCCUGGAUGCUCGAGCUCUGGCUGUGGACUACAGGAGCAUCGGCUUCCGCGAGUGUCUCACCGAGGUUGUCAGGUACUUGGGCAUCCUGGAGGGCCAGAACGCCGCCGACCCCAUCCGCCUGCGCCUCCUCUCGCACCUCAACAACUACGUGGCGGAAAUGGAGCCGUCGCCCGCGGCCGCCUCCCUGCUGCCCAUCCACACGUGGCCGUGGUCGUUCCUGCACGGCGCCGCCGGCCCCCUGCACGUGCCCCGGCGCGAGGCCGCUCCCGUUCUCCUGACUGCAUCUUCCCUGGCGUACCCGCGCCCGGCCCCGCGCCCGGCCCCGCCGCGCCGCGGCCCCACCGAGCACCGCGCCUCGCUGCCCGGCAGGAUGGGCUCCUCCGGCCGCAGGGCCCGAGGCUCGGCGCCGCCCGUGCCCAGGAUGCCGUCGCCAGCGGCCGUGUUGCGAGAGGGCUCGUCCAAGGGCAGCCAAAUCGCCGCGUUCCUCUUCUCGCCGGCCCCCGCCGCCGGCCCCGUCCCGCCGGCCUACACGGCGCCUCCUGCCUUGGGCGCUGCCACGCAGGGACCCGGCAUCAGGGUUGGCACAUCCAGGAUCUGCCGCUCCUGGGCGACUGAAAUCGGGGCUUUCUGACCCUGCCCUUCGGAGACAGGAGUUCUACAGCACUCGUUGCCCACGGGCCUAAGAACAAACUGGGCUGAAAAGGCAUCUUUCCUGCUUUGCAGAAGCCAAGGAUCCACAAAGAAAAUUCUCUUCUCCCUCCCUCCGUCUCUCCCUCCUCGUGCUGCCUUCUGUGCCUCACCAGCACACGGCCCCGCCUCGUGAUGCCCACAAAUCACAUCCAACCCCAUGCACUUGUCUGCAGGCGGCUCCACUCAGACCCUGCGGCUGCGAGGGAGGGGGCACAGGCAGACCCCAAUGCAGCUCCUCCUCCAGCAAACCCUCUGCAGAGCCCAGCCUUGCUCUGCUGGAAAGCAGCCAGCCUUGAAAUGCUGUCAGGCCUCCUUGGGGACUCUGAGCUGCCAGACAGAGACUUGCUCCUGCCAGUUCCCUCUGCUGUGUCCCCCAGCUGCAGCACCUCGUUUUGCUGUGGUGGGAGAGAUGCAGCUUCCCUGGUCUCCAGCAAGGCUGCAGCCCGCCCUCGCCAGCUCCCUCAGCAAGCUGCCUGCCUGCUAAUCCCCUUGCUUUCCUCGCUGAAUUACCAGCUUCUUCCCCUUCUGUGCCCUUAAGGUGGAGCGAGGCAGCAGCUUCACAGAGCCCGUUCCCAGUGCCCAGCCCAAGCGCUGGCUCCCUGGGCCUGGGGCUGCUGCAGCCUCUGCCCCACACCAAGGUGUGAGGAGGCCAGACAGGAUUGCAAAGGGAUCCCUGACACGGAGGCAAAGGCUCUCAGAGCCAAAGGGAGAAGAAAAGGCCUUUUCCUCUGCCAGUGUCCCUGCUGGAGCCGUCUCUCCUCCAUCCCUGCUGAACAGCCGUGACUGCAAAAGGAGGGAAUGGGGCAGACCAGGCUGCGCUCCAAGUGCCUCCCUCAUUCUCUCGUAGCCCUGCAUCCCUCACCCUCUUUUCCCACACACAGUGUCUCUUUUCUUCAGCACCAUGUUUUGGUCUCACACUGCUUAUCCCUCUCCCUGGGCCAGGACUAAAACCCACUGAGGUUUCACUGUAGACCUUGGGCAAGGUCUGGCUCUGGUCCCAAGAGCUUUUCCUGCUUUGGCCUGCAUGCCCCUAGAUAACUGACACAGCAGAUAUGCCUCUGCUUCUCCAGCUGUCCUCCCCUUCUCUCUUCCUUGGGCAGAAAGGAACAGAAACUUGAAGCUCUUGAGGUCCCCCUGCUCGUGUGCCACGUCCCUGACUCCCGUGGUGGCCAGGGCAGGGUCUCCCAGUGCCCCCCUUGUCUGAGCAGCCCCUGCUCCCUGUAUCUGUGCCUUGACUCGCUGGGACAGACGUGCACAAUAGCCAGGACCCAGCUGCAUGCCCACCCCAAGGAGCCUCGCCCGUCUCUACAGCACUGUGACACAAGUGUGGAAAGGUCGGUGCAAGGAAAGGUGAGGAAGAGGGAGAAGAUCUCGUUUGAACGGGAGAGGCUUUCUCCAUGCCCCGGGGCCAACGUGCAGCCGGCCAGGCUGUGUGCAGGAGCUGCUCUUUGUGUUCCUGCCCCCUGUGUUGCUGAGGUGUGGACAGGCUGCUGUUUGCACAGCCAGUCCCUCCCAGCUGUUCUGAUGAAAGUCAUCGCACUUCACACAGAGAAACGCCUCCACUGCUUCCCCUCACCCGUGUCCCCAAGUGCCAGAAUCAGCCAGGAACAACAUAUUCCCUUUGGUAAAGUCAGGGGAGGUCCUCAGGGCCCCCGGCUGUUCCUGCAGCUGGUCGGCACGCUCCAGCUCACAGCGAGUAGCCCGGCCUCACUUCACACUGUGCAGAGCUGUUAGAUUCACGAGCUGUGACAUCCAGCAAAGGUGUCAAAUAAAGUCUUUCAAACGCA